GGCUGUGUCUGGUCUGUAAACACGCGGGGGAGCCCACGCUGCCCGGCGACUCGGGCCGCUGCAUGCGAGCCCGUGUCCCGCGCGUGUCACCGGCGCACACGCUGAUCUGAACCCUGCUUCGACGUGCGUGUCAUGGCUUAAAAAUAGAUGCUGAUCCGUGCUCGCGACUGGGGCGAGAGGCGGCGGCGGCGGCGGGGUGGCGGCGACGGGAGAGUCAUGGCCGCGGCGCUGCCUGCGCCUGCGAUCCGCCGUGGGGACUGAGGCCCCGCGCAGCGCUCGCGGAGAGCGACGGCUACGUGGCGACUGACCCCACCAUCUCCGCAGCCACCCCUGCAGCUGCCACAGUUGCUGCCACCUCUAAGAUGUGCCCGGGUAACUGGCUCUGGGCGUCCAUGACUUUUAUGGCCCGCUUCUCCCGGAGUAGCUCAAGGUCUCCUGUUCGCACCCGAGGGACCCUGGAGGAGAUGCCAACCGUGCAACAUCCCUUCCUCAAUGUCUUCGAGCUGGAGCGGCUCCUCUACACGGGCAAGACAGCCUGUAACCACGCCGAUGAGGUCUGGCCGGGCCUCUACCUCGGAGACCAGGACAUGGCUAACAACCGCCGCGAGCUUCGUCGCCUGGGCAUCACCCACGUCCUCAACGCCUCCCACAGCAGGUGGCGCGGCCCGCCCGAGGCCUACCAGGCCCUGGGCAUCCGCUACCUGGGAGUGGAGGCCCACGACUCGCCCGCCUUCGACAUGAGCGUCCACUUCCAGACGGCGGCCGACUUCAUCCACCGGGCGCUGAGCCAGCCAGGAGGGAAGAUCCUGGUGCACUGUGCCGUGGGAGUGAGCCGAUCCGCCACGCUGGUGCUGGCCUACCUCAUGCUGUACCAUCGCCUCACCCUAGUGGAGGCCAUCAAGAAGGUCAAGGACCACCGAGGCAUCAUUCCCAACCGAGGCUUCCUGCGGCAGCUCCUGGCUCUGGACCGCAGGCUGCGGCAGGGGCCGUCUCUGUCCUGCGGGGGUGCAGCAAGCGUGAAUGCGAUGAGUUGUGUGGAGCCCGUAGCGUGGAGACAGACGGCGACAAGAUGGUGUGAAAACUGCGAAACCAGAGGGAAAACCCCGCAGCCUUGUCACUCCAAGCCCUGGAAGAGGAGGCGUGUGAGGGUUGGCAUCGGGCCCACGGCUGCUGCGCGUGGCCAGAAAAAUCCCAGAGGUGCAUGACUGGCAGUCUUUGGAUGGCCACUCGCUUACUGGAUCCAGGUGUCUCGAGGGAAAAUAAAGAUUUUGGAAAAGAA